CUAUGAAGAUGGCAAACGAGGACAGCUAGAUCGUCGUAAUUUCCAUCCACCAGAGAACUUUUCACACAGGCAACCUACGAACAAGACCUACCUACAGAGAGUUAGUGAUCGAGCCAUGGAUGUCACAAGAGGGGCCAUGGGCAGCCUGCUCCACAAGCUGGGCGAGCUCCUCAAGGAUGAGUUCAAUCUGGACACGAACGUCAAGGAAGACAUCAAGUCUCUUUCGAGAGAGCUGAUGAAGAUGCAUGUAGUACUCCACAAGAUAUCAGCUGUGCAACAGGACAACCUCGAUGACAUGGUCAAGCGUUGGGCCGGUAAUGUCAGGGAGAUGUCAUAUAACCUAGAGGAUUUUGUUGACGGCUUCUUGGUGCACAGUGAACCUGACUCUAGCAGGAGUAGCUUUAACGAGCUCACACACGAUUUGUGCCUACUCUUGGAGAAGGGCCAGAGUCACCACGAGAUUGGGAACUUAUAAAACAACACAUGUGCAAACAAGUUCAGGAUAAGGAGAAAAAUCAUAAAGAAUGCAAUGUGGACAAUCUUGUCGCUAAUGCAGCAGCCACAGUUACCAAGAACAUUGAUCCUCGCACGUUGGUCCAAUUCCAACGUUCAAAGCAGCUUGUGGGCAUCCAAGAGCCAAGGGAUGACCUAAUCAAGAAGCUUUCUCAAGUGUCAGAACAGGAGCUUAGAAUAUUCUCUAUCUACGGAGGUGGGGGAUUGGGCAAGACAACUCUGGCGAAGGCAGUGUAUGACAUGCUUGAAGGACAAUUCCAUUCCAUGGCUUUUGUUUCCGUGGGUCAGAAACCCAAUGAGAUGCAAGUUUUGCGAGAUAUUAUUUAUAAAUUUUCCAAAGAUUUGAAUACAGCAACCCUGAACAUAAAGCAGCUCGUCGAAGAACUUCACAGAUUACUAGAGAACAAGAGGUACUUCAUUGUAAUUGAUGAUAUUUGGGAGUCCUCGGCAUGGAGUAACAUUGAACUAGCUUUCCCAGAAAGCAAUCUUGGUAGUAGAGUGGUGAUAACUAAAAGGAUUCACUCUGUUGCUAAUGUUGCUUGCAGCAAUAGAAACCGUGUUGAGAUGAAAGCACUCAAUGACCAAGACUCGAGAAUACUAUUUCUUAGUAGAAUAUUUGGUAUGGAAGAUGCUUGCCCUGAUGUACCAGAAGACAUCUUGAGUGUUAUCCUUGAAAAAUGCCAUGGUUUGCUGCUUGCUAUUAUCAGCAUAGCAAGCCUUGUAGCUAAAGAUCCUAGUAGAAGGUCAACAUGGGAUUAUGUAGGAAGUCUUUAACAGCCAUGUUUGAUGGGGACAAUUCUCCUCUCGCAGAUAUGGAGCGAAUAUUGGAUCUUAGCUACAGACAUCUUCCUGAUCAUCUCAAGACAUGUCUGCUUCAUGUUUAUAUGUACCCAGAGGAUCGCAAGAUAGACAAAAAUGAUUUAUUGAGGCAAUGGGUAGCUGAGGGUUUCGUGUUGAGUACAAAUGGUCAGCUAGAUGUAGAAGACGUUGCAGAAGAGUACUUUGAAGAGCUC